CUUUAAACCCCGCUCCACAGCUUUCCUGAAGUGAAUCGUCAUGUGUGUGCAGGUGGCUUUUUGUGGGACGCUCAAGCCACCCUCCCACACAGGCUCUCCCGGAAAGAGGACAGCUCUUCUUUGUCGUCAUCAAUCCUCAACUUCCAACCAACUACAAUCAAACCAAAAACUCGACGCAUCCCAGAAGGUCUCUAUUACCGCGCAAUCGCAUCGCAACCUUUAUUAUCGCAGCUUCGUACACUUUGCAUAUCAUGUCUCUCCAAGAUAGAGCCCAGGGCUACGUUGCCCAACUUGAUAAGGAAGUAGGUUGACCAGCUGGGCUGCGAUAAAUCCCAGAUUCUAGUAGCACAUGCUAACGAUGCUUCGUCAGCUCUCCAAGUACCCUCUUAUCAACAACCUCGAGAAGCAGACCUCUGUGCCCAAGGCAUAUGCUGUCCUCGGUGUCGUAGCGACCUAUUUCUUCUUUGUCCUCUUCAACAUUGGGGGUCAACUGCUUACCAACUUUGCUGGAUUUGUGAUUCCUGGAUAUUACUCUUUGGAAGCGUUGUUCAGCGUUGGUCGAACUGACGAUACUCAGUGGCUCACCGUAUGUCAACGGAUCCAAUCGCCUCUUAUCAGUGUCCGUCUAGCUAACUCCGAACAGUACUGGGUUGUGUUUGCCUUCUUCACCGUUUUCGAGAGUCUUGUAUCUGCUGUUUACUGGUUCCCAUUCUACUACACCUUCAAGUUCAUUCUUAUUCUGUGGCUUGCACUUCCUAUCACUGGGUAAGUUUGCCUGUUUUUGUCUACACAGAACAUUUCUAAUCUUGUACAGUGGUGCCCAAGUUGUUUUCCGCUCCUUCAUCCAACCAGUCUUCUCCAGAUACUUCUCCGGACCUGGUGCUGCCUCUGCCAACCUUCAAUCCAAGGUCUCUGAGAAGAGCUUGUAAAUAGCUCACGGACCAUCAAACGCUUACGCAAUGUCUCGGACAACAUACUAGCAUACAACAAGUAACUCGGCUGGAUCAGAGGCACGAAGAUCCGUUUCCUUUCAAAUGUGAUAUGUGUUCGCGGCGCAAAGAUGGGGUGAAGGGGAAGCUCUUGAUGACGGAAUGACGGGAAUGGCGAUGAUGGUUUGGAAUGCAUGAAAUCAGGAUGCUUUGGAGACGAAUUUCAUUUGGUGGAGGAAAUGACUCGGAUCGAGUUAUUUGUAUAGAUAAUUCUCGUAGGGAAUGAUGAGUGUUGUGGACUACAGA